GGAGAUAUCGGUUCUCAGUCACCUUAUCUUCUUCUAUACCUACUUCUCCCUUCGUCUCAACCUACCCACAAUCUCAAUUUCCCGCUGUCAGUCCACCAGCGGCGGGCUGCGUGCGCGCGCGAGCGGCGGCUGCGAUCACAAACACACAGAGCCACAUGAAAAACAAUCUGUUGGAAGCCCUCAACGUCAGGGUUGUAGGCACCGGCGACAAGAUCCUCGUCCUUGCCCAUGGCUUUGGUACCGAUCAAUCAGCUUGGCAGCGCAUCAUCCCCUACUUCUCGCAGCACUACCGUAUCGUCCUCUACGACCUUGUUUGUGCUGGCAGUGUCAAUCCCGAUUACUUUGACUUUCGACGAUACACCACUCUCGAUGCCUAUGUCGACGACCUUCUUUACAUCCUCGAUACCCUCGGCGUCGACAAAUGCGCCUAUGUCGGUCACUCUGUCUCCGCCAUGAUCGGCAUCUUGGCAUCCAUUCGCCGACCUGAUCUCUUUACCAAACUCAUUCUCAUCGGUGCCUCCCCCAGGUUCUUAAAUGACACAGAUUAUCACGGCGGGUUCGAGCAGGGAGAGAUCGAGAAAGUGUUCUCGGCCAUGGAGGCUAAUUACGAGGCAUGGGUAAAUGGGUUCGCGCCAUUAGCCGUUGGAGCGGACGUACCGGUUGCCGUCAGGGAAUUCAGCCGGACCUUAUUCAACAUGAGGCCCGACAUAUCGCUAUUCGUGUGCCGAACCGUGUUCAAUAGUGAUCUGAGGGGGAUUUUGGGGCUGGUAAAGGUGCCUUGCUGUAUAAUUCAGACUGCCAAGGAUGUAUCAGUGCCGGUAUCCGUGGCGAAUUACCUGAAGACCCAUCUGGGUGGUCGGAAUACGACCGAGAUAUUAAACAUCGAGGGGCAUUUGCCGCAUCUGAGCGCGCCGGCCUUGCUUGCUCACCGUCUACGGCGAGCUCUAUCACGGUGAGUCGAGUCAAAGAGCGAAGCCCACGGAUUAGACAGAACGAAUAAGGCUAGCGAUGUGGACACCUGGCGAAUAAGUUGUGGACAUCAGUCCUUGUAUUCUUUUUCUUUUUUUUUUUGUUUUCUCGUGGGAUUAAUUCUUAGUUUGACGAUAGAUGGAUGGAUGGAUAGUGGAAUAGAUAUAUUAUAGAAGGGAUACAGUACACACACAGACCAGACGACACUGAUUUUGGAAGGAUAAGAUCCCACACGUGGUGAUCACGUGAUGACGGCCUUUUGUAGUUUUGUUUUUCUUCCUUCUUUUGGGAUAAUGUUACGAUGCUCUUGCAUUCGAAAUCUUAUUUUUAUGUCUA